AAAAUCAUGAAUCGUGUAUUCCUUAAAUAUAAAUCUAAAUAGGUUCAGGUGCUUUUCUAAGAGUCUAUCUCACUGGUGAACUUGCUCAUGUUUCUCUUAUAGAUAGAAUUGAAAUGAUUCAUGUUCUUAAACACAUCGGCACAGUCUACCAAUGUCUUCAAGUUCGCCUGUUUGUCAUCAGCAUCUUGCAAUUUUAAAAUGGAGCUAAAUAGCUUCAAAAGAUCGGUUUCAAAGUACCUUAAUGUCAAGUCACCAAAGUUCUUCUUGAUGUAGUUGAGAAUCUUUAGUGUGUCAAGCAUGUUCUGCUUCACAACCUUAAAAUCUAUCAACUUGUUGAUGAUCACAAGUUGGUUAAACUCGGGAACUUGUAAUUCAUUGUUGAGUGAUAUAAUGGAGUUUUGCAAUAAUUUAAUAUAGUAAUUCAAACGGGUGGAGUUAUUCAAUGUCUCUUCAUGUGCUAUAUUAUUUAAGGCCAAAAGCUUUUCAUUGAUUUCCCUGUUCAAUUGCUCCAUCAAGAAGUUCAAAUGAAUGGUCAAAUUAUUCGAAAUCAUCGUGAGCUUUGCCAUACUUGUUUUGGAAUAAUCGUAAUCCUUGAACAACGCGUCGAUGUAGUUGGCAGGUUUAAACUCAUCGUCAAAAAACAUUCGGGAGGUAUCAUCGAACCAUGAAUCCUCCACGUUUGAACCAUCCAAUUUAAUAGCUUCACUCAUAGUUGACACCGGAGAAAAACCAGCUAUCAAAAUAGAUUUGGUGCGACUUCAAAUUCUCAGUUCAAUGAUCGAUAUAGUAACUAUUCAAGAUACGUUUGAAGAGGUCAUCAGCGAUGUCAAUGGCGGAACUCUUAGACAAGACUCGUUCUGGGUAGGUGUGAGAAAGUCAGGUGAGAACCAGAUUCUAAACAAGAUACUUGUGUUACCAGGGAAAUUCGAAGGCGAUGUGGAGUUCAAGAGUAAAGGUAACAGGUCUUACACAAUCAAUAAUAAGUACAAGUUGACCAGGGGACACAGUUUUAUCAAGGCCAAAGGUGUAUCCAGUAUUGGAAGGAUUGGAUCUGUGAUUGUUAUCGGUACCAAGUCAGGAGACCUUGUAGUUCAUGAUUUGGUGUCUGGUGAAGAAACUACGGUGAGAGAAUGUCAUUAUUUAGAUAUCGUUGAAAUCAAAGUUUUUCCCUCAAAACAAGUGCUAAUGACAGUGGGGCUAGAUCAUCAGAUUAAGCUCUGGUCUGUGAAAGAUUGGCUGUGCAUUCGUACGUUUCAUACUUUGAAUUCUGCCAAUGUUGAGUUCAUAGGCCGGGGAAGAAAUUUCGUCAACGGGACCCAAAAAGGAGAAUUGAAGUUAUGGGAGUGCAGUAGUGGUAAGGUUGUACACACUUAUACCAAAGUGCGUAACAAGGAGGACCAAAUAUCCAGAAUUAAAGUGAUUGAGUCAGAGUUUGUCCAUGGUGAAAAUGAGAUGGAAUUCGAAACCAACAAUAAACUGGUGAUAGUUGGAUAUACGAGUGGAGAAGUGGUCAAGUUCAAUCUACUCACCAAGAGUUUUGAGCUCAUGCACCUCAAUUUGAAGGUGUCAGCAAUGGAAGAAGUGGAUGAUCACUUGAUUCUCGGGACCGACGACGGAAAUCUCUUCAUUUAUGGCCUCAAAUCGAACAAAGUAGAAGCAGAGGCACACUUUAAUCCGGCCCCAGUGAAACUUGCUGUUAACAAGCGUGAUAAUGGAAUUAUUUAUAUCUAUGUGUACAACGGGGAAGAAACGUUGUUUAUGGUCAAAUAUGACACUGAGAAAGGCGAAAUAUUUGGUACCACAUAUCUAGUGGGUCUUCCUGAGGUCUUUAAGGUAGAUACGAUGGUGUAUGACCAGGAAUUGCUUGUGGGCAGCAAUUAUGGGGUCAUGUUGUUCAAAUGAUGACUUUGGAGAUCUUAGAAAUUCGGU